CUACUCAUCUUUCCCACCUCGAUCUCUCUCAUUACACAAUGGCAACAUCAGUAUCGAAAAACGUUACCAUUGUUUUUGCCAUUUUUCUUGUAUCUUUUCUUGUUACUGCUGAAUCUCAUAGAUUUUCAAGAAAUCUGUCACAACGAUCUUUGGGUUUGAAGAAAGAAAAACUAAGCCAUUUUCGCUUCUACUUCCAUGAUAUAGUUAGUGGUCCUACUCCUACUGCCAUUAGAAUCGUUGAGGCCACAAGGACCAACCGGACUGCAGCCACUGGUUUUGGUGACAUCUCGAUGAUCGACAACCCAUUGACCAUUGGUCCAGAACGAACCUCGAGGCUAGUGGGUAGAGCACAAGGGAUGUAUACAUCCGCGAGCUUGAACGAAAUGGGCUUGUUGAUGGCUAUGAACUUUGUGUUUGUAGAAGGAAAAUAUAAUGGCAGUACAUUGAGUAUAUUGGGUCGGAAUCCGGUGAUGUCGACAGUGAGAGAAAUGCCAGUUGUCGGAGGAAGUGGGCUCUUUCGGUUUUCUCGUGGAUACGUACUAGCAAGCACUUAUAGUUUCAACAUGAGUAACGGUGAUGCUGUUGUGGAGUUUAAUGCUUAUGUCCUCCAUUAUUAGUUAUUUGUGUUACUUCAAAAUUUGAUUCUUUUUCAUGUUGUUGAUGUUUUGAUUUUGUUUGAUAACAAGUUAUAAUUUGUGUCUAUACUCUAUUGUAUAUCAUAUUUGUUUCUAAAUUACACACUUUUAGCGUA